UGUUGUUGCAGGUUCUCCUGCUCGAUGACAUCGAGCACCGCAGAAGCUAUAGCCACGGAGACAGGGUUGCCGCCAUACUAUACAGCCAAAGGAGAAAUCGCCAAGAAUUCCUGCCAUUUCUGUGCUGAUGGCCUUCUUUAGGACCGAUCUCAGCCUCUUGUUGAACACAAUAACAUGAGCUGCAGCAGCUUUGUCGGCACAACCAUUGCCAGGUUCGCUCACUUGUACAAGGCGGUCCUGUCUAUAGAUUGUUGCAGAAGAGAUGAUAAGAAGACUGUAGAAACAUUGCUCAAUGUCACACCGUGGACUUUUCAACAAUGCCACGGUACGCGAUUAUGGGUGACGUAUCCCAGCAAGGUGUAACGUUUGAAGAUCGUCAGUCUCCUGCCACUACCACAAACAACCAGAAGAAACGAGACCGAAGGCGCAAGAAGAAACUUUACAAAGAUAUUCGCGAACAGAUGGAGUUUUACUUCAGUGACGCAAAUUUAAGGAAAGACAGAUACAUGUCUGAAUUAGUCCAAAAACGCGAAGACGGCUACAUUAAUCUGGAAGUCUUCUUAACGUUCAGCAAAAUAAAGAGUCACACAAAUAGCGUCGUCGAUAUAGCCGCAGCUCUUGCAAAUUCGACAUUCCUUCAGUUAAAUGAAGAUAAAACACAAGUGAGGAGGAUGACUGCUGUCGAAGAUAAGGAGGACACAGAUGACUGCACGAUAUAUGUUGAACGUCUGCCACCCACAGCUGAUCAUAGGUGGUUGAAGACCACCUUCGACAAGCACGGGAAGGUGGUUUAUGUAAGCUUGCCUAAGUACAGGCACAAUGGAAAAAUGAAAGGGUUUGCAUUCGUGGAGUUUUCAACUCCUGACGAAGUCGAAAAAGUCUGCCAGGCAUUUGGCUUCGUCAGCCCAUGCGUAAGAGAAGUAGAUUUACCCGAAGAGCAGGACGAGUCGCACUCACGUAAAAGGAAACUGAGUGAGACACAGGAAGAUACAAAGCCACCUAAACUACCCAAGGGCUCAGAAAAGACAAACGAUGAGAGGGAACGGUUGGAAACGUUGGUCGAGGAAGGCAGUGCUACAGAGGAAGGCAAAGCGUCAAACAAGAAGCUUAAAAGGAAACGAAAGAAGAAACUCCAGCACCUGGAUGCCAAGGAACAGAAUCCGCUGCUGGUCAUGCCAAAGUGGGAGUGGAAGAGGUUACGCAACAAGUACCUUGCGCUCCAGAAGCAGACGAUGGCGCAGAUCAAGAGGUCGCUUCUACCAGCAAGCAAUGCAUACCACUCACCGAGGAACGUGCCCUCUCCAUCGUGCGCAAGUCCAGCAGACGACACGCCCGUCCCUUCUGCUGCUACUGUUGUCAGUACGGAACCCGAGGGAAACACAAAGCUGCCAGUUCCUCCACUGGAAUUCCAGGCAAACGUAAUUGUGAAACUGACAGCGGAAAAGCCCAUUACCAGUGCUGUGGAGUUCAAAAACAACCUUCGGCACUUGACGUAUGUGUCGUAUGUGGACGUAAUGGAAGGAGAUACAGUCGCGUACGUUAGGUGCCCCGAUGAGGACAGUGCAAAAAAGUUCAUCAGAACAGAGAAGCAGUCCUUCUGUGGAUCGCUGGCAUUGUUGUCUGGUGAUGAAGAGCGAGAGUACUGGAAGAAAAUAAAUCAAGACCGAAAAACAAGACGUAGCCAGAAAACGAAACAAAAGAAAAGAGGAGUUGAAAAGGUCAUGGCUAAAGCACAGAAAUUGAUGGAGAAGAAGAGUAAACACACACAUUUCGAGGACCUAUAAGUCACGUCGCAGUGGUGUACAGUUUGACAAGUCUUCAUUUCAAGCAAACCAUAUCCCAUACAAAACACAGGUGAUGAUCACACUUCAUUCGCACCCCAGCCAGUUGUGCUGUGCUCAUUGAAGCAGUUGUGUGGUGUCGCAAAAUUGCGGAACGUAUGCAGUUUUCAGAAAUGUAAAGUUAAAAAAAAAAAAAGACAUCCUUCCUUCAACAAUAUGGUGUUUACUCUGGUGGCCAAUAGUGCUGCAAAUGGUGCUCCAGUCUGAGAGGGGCAAUGGCAUAUUGGACAGUUGCUAUCAUGGGGAUGUAAAAACAAACAGUUUUGUGGACAAUAAAUAGGGUCUGUAGUUAACGUUUCCUUGGGUAUGGGUAGAGCCCUGUGGUGUUUUAGGGCAGGAGGACCGGGGAGCAGUUUCAGUUCAAGGAGACCGGGGAGGAUUCAGUCCUGCUUUGAUCUCUGAUCCGCCUUCGAGCACAUAUAGCAACAGCUUGUUCCCUAGGAGUGCGUGGAUCGACGCCAUGAUCCACGUGCACCUCGGUACACGCAGCGCAUGUCGCACCAGAGGUCGCUGGCAUGCCCUGCACCCCAGAGCCGUAUAUUAAAAGGGAGUCUGGCCACUGGGAGGAGUCACAAAAAGAGGCUCGACCUGUCAAUCACAGUUUCGCUCCUCUGAUUGGUUUGCUUUCUACCAAGGGGGUCGCCAUGACACCAUACUGCCACCCAAAAUGGCGACGAAAACAGACACUGUGAAGCGGGGAUUUCGUGACAAAAAAUUUGACCUUGUCAGCCAACCUAGUUCUAUAAUUUUUGCACAUUUCUUAGAAUAUGUUUUCUGAGGUACGUGGCAUUCAGCCUUGAAAUUUUUAUCCAUGUAAAAUCGGCAACCAGUUAGGUAUAGUUUUGGGGAGUUAAAGGGAGACUUUGCGAGGAUUUGAAAAAAAUUACGAGACCAUCAUACCGAACACAAACCACUAUCUCGAUACUAAAUACAACAUUCGCAUUCACUCCACGCGAGUAAUUAAUUCAGAAAUGAUGAUAAUAGCAAACCAAACUGGGAAGAGCUCCAUACUACGGCGGUUCGUCCGGAGGAGGAUACCGUGACGUCACCCAGCAUUGUCGUCUGCUUCGAAACCUGCAUUCUCCCUUGCGUUUUGAAGGAAACAAAAAAGGACAUCCCAUGUAGUUGCCGUUUCCGUCGUGUAGCAAAUCUCUUGCCGCAACCACUCAUGCAACUUAUUGAGCCGACCAUUACAGUGUCGAUUGCAAUGGGACAGAAGGGAGUACGUCUUGGAAAAAGGUUGUAUCCUUCCAAAACACGAGCAGGUCAAAUGAAGUAGUGCCGGGAAACGAUGCCGGAUGAUGUCAGCAGUGUGUUGCUUUCAGCACCCUCUCGCUUUGUAAUAAAUUCAUUUGAAUAAAAUCUGCGCAGUUUUGGAAUGA